AUGUGCCUUUCUUACUCUACUUCUUUCUUCCUGUCAUUCCACUUUCAUUUUUUGGUAAUUCUUUUUGUUUUUCCUUUUUCGGUGAUUAUUAUAAUUCUACGUUUAUUUAUUUAUCAUUAUUUUUCUCCUUGUAUUUCUUUAUUUCUUCCAUUAUUUUUACUCUUUUUUCUCUCUAAGCACAUUUUACGUUUUCCUCUGUAUUUUUCUUUCUGUUCUUUCAUGCUUUCUUUCUUUCUUUUCUUUAAACCUUUCUCUCUUCAAUUCUUCAUUUCUACUUUGAAUCGUGAUUCUUAUUUCCUCUCUUUUAUUCCUUCAUUCUUUCUUCCUUACAUCCAUUUUUCUUUCUGUAAUUCUCUGUCUCUCUCUCCCCCUGUCUCUCUCUCUCUCCCUCUCCCUCUCUCUCUCUCCCUCUCUCUCUCUCCCUGUCUCUCUCUCUCCCUCUCUCUCUCUCCCUCUCUCCCUCUCUCUCUCCCUCUAUCUCUCUCUCUCUCUUUCCCUUAA